UAAUUGAAAAUAGAGAGAGAAGAGGAACGUGUAAUAAAGAAGAGAAGAGGAGAAGAACAGAAGCGAACAAGCAAAGCAAAACCAUAACUUCUUCCAAUUCCAUUUUCCCCAUAUUUUUGCUCAAGAAUUCUUUUACCCUUUUCAUAAUUUUGCUUCUCCAAUCCAGAUGUGUGUCCAAUUUCAAUUUUAUUGAACUUUUAUUUUUUAUUUUUUGUAUAUAUAUAAAUCUUAUUUUCCAUCUUUUUGUGCACAAAAGGAUGCUUCAAUUCUUGCAUUCUCCGCCUGGUAUGGCAUCAAGAUUGAAUUUUUAAGGUGUUAGAGCAAAACGUAGAGGAAAUAGAGAAAACCCCAGAAAAGUUCUGGUGAGGAAAACUAAUGGAAGGCAGGGGUGGCCAAGUAAACUUUAUUUGUACAUGGAGAAUCCGAUUUCAACAGAUUUAAGCGAAGUGCAUUCUAAAUAUGAUAAAGGUCUCCCUGAGAAAAACAGCAAAAGAAUAAUCAAGACACGUGCUCAGGUCGAAGCUCUAGAGAAACUUUAUGAAGAACACAAGUACCCUACCGACGAGCUGAAAGCUGAUCUGGCAGAGUCAUCAGGGUUAACAGAAAAACAAAUUUCUGGGUGGUUUUGUCACAGGCGGUUGAAGGACAAGAGGCUGUCGAACGGGGAACUAUAUGUAAAUGGAAGACAAGAUCGUUCGAGUGGUGUCAUUCAGGAUCAUGGCAGUGGAUUUAGGCAGGAUUCUUGUGGCAGCACCAAGCAAGCGGAUGAUAAGAAAUUUGAUCAUCGGGAAGUUGAGAGUAGAAGAUUAACUGUCCCAGAAUUCUCAACUGCAGAUAUGACUUAUGAGGUUGGAACUCAUUUUAAAGGAAAGUCUAAUUGCAUGGACGAUGAAUCUUCAAGAAGCAGCUCUUCAUUACGGAAUGAAUGUUUUUCGCAAAAUGCAGAUCCAUAUGAUAUAGCAACUUCGAGAUACAUAUCCCAGAAUCUACCUACUGAUUUUAAGGGAGUAAAACCAAAGAAUGGGCCAUCUGGGUAUUUGAAAGUAAAGGGCCAGGUAGAGAAUGCUGCAAUUACUGCUGUGAAGAGGCAAUUGGGGAGGCAUUACCGACUGGAUGGUCCACCACUUGGUAUUGAUUUUGAUCCACUUCCUCCUGGUGCCUUUGAAUCAUCAGCGCCAAAUCCUGUCAAUGAGCCUUAUUACUCUCCAGAACCUGUUCCAGCUUGCUCACCAGAUAUGUCCAAUGUCUACAGGCGGUCAAAUGGAUUCGGAUCCAAUUCCAAGUCCAACUCUCAUGACUCUGAUCUGGAUGGUUUGAGCUUCAAAAGAAAAUCCAAUUCCACUUAUCCUGAAUAUCGUUUCAACCCAAAGCCUAAGCUGAAGUCUGAACAUCCUGAAUGGAACUCAUCAUUAGACAUGUAUGAAGGUUCUGCAAGAAAAAUGCCAGUUGAUAGCAGAGACAGCUGUAAGUUUAUGGCAAAACAUGGACGUGGAGACAUUAGAACUAGUACUGGUUCAAGCAAUGGUCUUCGAAGUCCCUAUGUUGGAAAAGUUGAUGGGGAGCAAGUGAAACCUCGGUUCAGUAGCCAUAAUGAAGUGAGUCUUAAGAUUUUGGAGAAGGAACAUUUAGAUCGCAUGCCUUCUGAUUUUAAGGGAAGCGAGUAUCAUAAUUUCGGGGAGAGAGAGCUCCACAAAAUAGUUGAAAAGGACCACAUCAGCGGAAAGAGGCCAGUAGUUGAUGAAAACUGUAAUCUAGUUCGUGUGAAGGUUCAAGUUCCCCGGCACAAUGAGAUAACAGUUGUUAAACGAGCAACAAAUGAAGUUCCUGACCAUCAAGAUUACUUGAGGAGAGCAUCUAUGAUAGGAAUGCCACUGCAGGCAAAUCAUCAGAUAAGUACUGCUGCAGAGAAGCCACCUAGCUUUAGUGAAGAUGAAGAAACAGAAGACACCAGUUCAUUCGAGGAUUAAAAGAUUUGCUUUUGACUGAAGAAAAGUAACAGGUCCAUUAGUUUUAGGAAUACUUUGUUGGAUUUCUGUGUCGAUACAACUCCUACAGUUCAAGAUAACUUAAAUUCACUCGUCUGUACUCCCAACGUAUGAGGAGAUCUUUCGAUGCUUGUAUAGUUCAAAAUGUUUGUUUCCCAUUUUGUAGCAUGAUGCUGAAAUAGGAAUACUGUGAUUAAUAUAUGUUGUCAUUUAGCUUAAAAGUAAGUCACUUCCAUUA